AUCUCAAGUAAAUUAUUGUGCGAUUCGUGGUGGUUUUUGCGCAACUAUCCACAUUAUCUGUAGGAAGUUGGUGCAUUGGCAUGUGUUGAAAAAGUGUAAAAAUGAGCGAACGCAGUAGGGCAAAAUGGGAAUUACUCAGGCAAAUUUUCGCUGUUUCCGGCAUUAUUCAGGGAUUCGCCUGGUUUGUGCUAUCAGUGGUCUGCAUCGUGUUUUACUACAUUCCAACUCAAGUCCAUCUAGAAUACGAAAUAACUAAUCAAACGCCAUACACCGACUUGUUAACUUUCUGCCUAUACGAGAAUUUUUUAAAUCGCAACAACAGGGAGAAUAAUCGGCAGUUGAUUUCGCGCAACUUCCACAUAUUUAUCUGGAUCUACACGGUUCUGAGCGUGAUCUGGAUGGGGUUGGCCAUUGCGGAAUGCAUCACGAUUUUCCGAAGAAGAGCCCACAAGCACAGCAACCACAUUCUGCUCAGCUUAGGGAUAGCGACAUUGCUGAUGUGCACUCUAGACACCAUAAUCUAUGCAUUGGCUUGGGUUGACUAUCUGGCGAUCAACCCAUUCGACUAUACAGUAGCGAAAUGUGAUGUAUCGGAAAAUUGCGAUUUUGACGAGCAGGUGGAUACGCAGUUCCGCUACCAGAUCGGAAGGAAAAUCGCUUAUGGUAUCGCGAUGACCUUGUUUGCUCGAGGAUACUUGCUGUGGAUCUUCAACUGGGUGGCAGGUGUUUCUUGCAUGGUUGCUUCGAUUCGACGGUUCCAGCUGCCACCCAUUCUACAAUACGAUGACACCAUUCCGAGGCCGAGGAUCCUGCGCAGAUCUCAUGGCACUCUGGACAGUGGACGCUCUUCAGUUUAUGAAGACGAUGGCUACUUUGAUGAGCCGCCAGCUACUAAAUUGAACAAUUGGUACAACCAAGAGCCUCCUAAACCUGCGGCUUAUCACGCCCAGAGCAGCGAACCAAGAUUUUUAAAUUCUAAUCGCAACACUCAAGGGUUCUAGCAUGAAUUGUUUGGCUUUGUCCUCUUUUACUUGUUAUUGCUGUUAAUUAGUACUCAUGUAAUAUACUUUUCCUUUUAA